UAAAUAAUCAGUUUAUUAAUCUUGGAAAUAAAUAAUUAAUUAGUUGUGUAUUAAUCGACGACUAGUUGUGUCAAAAAGGAUGACUAAAUUAAAGAUUAGUGUAACGGAAAGGGAGCGCAACUUCUGUGAGGAUGAGUCGCAUGCCGUCACCGAAAAUCACACGGAAGUGGUGCUCGUGAACGACACCGACGACCAGAAACCGCUGGAUAAGACCAAACUGGCCGACCUGAUAGGAAAGGUAGGCAAAGACCUGACGGUCGUUGAGUUGGGUGGACUCAAGUUGGAUAACGAGUCCAUCGGUGCCAUUGCCAACAGUGGCGCACCCAUUGAGUGCAUCCGUAUCUACGACUGCACCGGUGUUACGGACGAGUUGCUCAAAUUGAUUGGGCAAAGAUUUACAAAGACUCUGAAACACGUGGAGGUCUUAGGUUUCUCCAGUUUCUACACCAAUGAUGGCUUAAAAGCGCUCAUACUAUCGAUCGGUAAUUUAGAGGCUAUUCAUUUGGACACCAGUAUCGCACUAUUAGCUGAAAUACCCGGUACUAUCACUAAUAUGAAACACGUCUGGUCUAAGAUAUCAAACGGCGAAAAGGAGUUAUUGUCACAGUUUUCGUUAUUUAAGUUGUCAAUUACGGCCACUGGAGACACACCAAUAGACAGCAAAUUAGCACUAAUUGGCGAAAAGUUUGGACCAAACUUCAAGGAACUCAAUGUAUGUGUUUGGUCGGGAGGGGACGCCCUACUGGAGGCGGUCGGCAAGUUCACAAACCUCGAGACACUGACCAUCAAUGGCCGGUCACCCAUGAGACACAUCGACUUCCGACUCAAUACGAACCUCCAGAAGCUGUCGACGUGCAAGAAGUUGCGUCACCUGAGACUCAUACUCAAGAACCACAGCACCGACCUCUACGACAAAGUGGACCAGUAUUUGCCACAACUCGAGAUCUUAGAGUUGGUUGGGCUCGACAUUGGCGACAGAGCGCUGAAAAGUGUGGCCAAACUCAAAAACGUUAGCUUUCUUGACAUCGCCUCUUCCCUACUCUCCGAUGGCGCUGUUAUCCACGUAAUCGAGAACAGUCCCAAACUGACCUGGUUCAGACCCAAUGGAGGUGAGGUCAUUAACCCGGAUCACACACCCAUUGGCCCCAAAACGCUGGACGCGUUCACCACCGCCGCCCGUAAGCGACCGGACACUCAGUUCGAGAUUGUGUUCAACUCGUCCGCCAAAAUCGAUUUGGACGCCCGUAAGGGUAGUCUACCGUCCAAUCUGUCCGUCAAAGUGGCCGACACUUCAUUUUUGCUAUCAUUUCCCGGCUCUACUCCGCGAGGCUUUUAA